UGCUUCUUCUUUUUUACCGCUUCCGGGUCACCAGGGUCAGCGGCGCUUGAGCUUCCGGGUGCGCUGCUGGAGGGCGCGCGGGCCGGGGUCGACGCCGGGUCGGCAACAUUGAGCAUGUGAAUUAACCCAAGGAAACUUGAGUUCCAGUAUGUGGUAUAUUAUGCAGAGCAUUCAGAGUAAAUAUUCUUUGUCGGAGCGCUUGAUCCGGACUAUUGCAGCCAUCCGAUCCUUCCCGCAUGACAAUGUCGAAGACCUUAUCAGGAGGGGAGCAGAUGUUAACUGUAUGCACGGUACUCUGAAGCCAUUGCACUGUGCUUGCAUGGUUGCUGACGCCGACUGCAUUGAGCUGCUCUUGGAAAAAGGAGCUGAGGUCAAUGCCCUUGAUGGCUACAACCGAACAGCACUUCACUAUGCAGCGGAAAAGGACGAGACCUGCGUCGAGAUCCUAUUAGAAUACGGGGCAAAUCCCAAUGCUCUGGAUGGCAACAAGGACACGCCACUGCACUGGGCCGCCUUCAAGAACAAUGCUGAAUGCGUCCGAACACUCUUAGAAAGCGGCGCCUUUGUCAAUGCUCUGGAUUACAACAACGACACCCCCCUGAGCUGGGCAGCGAUGAAGGGAAACCUGGAGAGUGUGAGCAUCCUUCUGGAAUACGGGGCAGAGGUCCGGGUGGUCAAUAUGAAGGGGCAGACCCCGAUUUCGAGGUUGGUUGCCCUGCUGGUCAGAGGACUCGGCACCGAGAGGGAAGACUCCUGCUUCGAUCUCCUCCACAGAGCCGUAGGACACUUUGAGUUGCGGAAGAACGGCACGAUGCCCCGCGAAGUCACGCGGGAUCAGCAACUCUGCGAAAAGCUCACCACGCUGUGCUCCGCCCCGGGCACCUUAAAGACACUGUCGCGCUAUGCUGUGCGCCGCAGCCUGGGAGUCCAGUUCCUGCCAGAUGCCGUGAAGGAGCUGCCUCUGCCAGAAUCUCUGAAAGAGUAUGUGUUGCUUAAAUGACAGCUAAAGCCUUGCAAGGCUCUCUUAAGAGCUCACUUUGGUUGCAGCCCCUUUCCUGGUGCUUUCAACUGACUCUGGCCGUGAUAGGAAGUAGUUUUUUUUGCAGAUCAGUGUGUAACCACACAGGGGAUACUGGUUCUGACAUUGGCUGGUGGUUUCCCUUAGUUUCUCAUUUUUUCUUUUCUUCACCGAGAGAAGCUGGAAGGUGUAAUGUCUGGUUCUUGAGAAAGAACCCUGCUCUUCGCCUCCUGCAGCAAUUCUCCCCUGAAUUCCUAGAUCUGAUUUCUCUUGAGAAUCUUUUGCACAAAGGGAAGGUGGAGCCACGUAUCAGGCUGAAGGAGGAGGUGGUGGUGGGGAAGGCACAAAAGCCAAAUUAUUGGUGACCUUCCUGCUUCUAGCUUUACACUCUUGAGUCAGCAGGCCUGUCUUGCCAUUUCAUUUUCUGCUGCAAGGUAAAGUGGCUUGAUGGAUUGGAACAAUGGCAGCCCUUCUCUGUUACACUGCCUCCUUU